CCUGUGUAGUGAUGUGUGUUUUAAAUAAAGUUUCUGGUCCUCAGGGUUGUCUAUGGCGGCCGUCCCCGGCUCGCUGGUGUCCCCUCCUCGGGUCUCCCUGCAGGUGGCGCCCCCUGCUGUCCACUCUGUGCUGCUGGUGUCCAACCUGAACCCAGAGAGCGUGUCGCCUCACUGCCUCUUCAUCCUGUUCGGUGUUUACGGCGACGUCCAGAGAGUGAAGAUCCUCUUCAAUAAGAAGGAGAACGCUCUGGUCCAGAUGAGCGACGCCACGCAGGCUCAGCUCGGUCCGACUCCCUUUAACGAGUCCUCACACACACGGAGCUGAGAGAAUCACGCCGCAUCUUUCACACUCAAUCAUUCGCUCCUUAUCGCGUUACCUCCGGCUCGUCAUCUCCAGCUGACCGAUGAACCGGGAGACGGUUUUAGUUCUUUCAUCAGAGAGACGUGAAACGGGCUUUUAUAAAAGAUGACUGAGUCAGAGAGCCGUACACAUCGUUUAACAACCGAGCAUCAGCAGACUCGUUUAGAGCGCCGCCAUGUUUGGAGUUCUUCUGUAAAUCUAAGUGGUUCAAGUCCAGAGAAAAAUAGUCCAAAGGCACCGAAACAGACAUUUUCCGAUCUAAAAUGAAGAAUUAAAUUACAGAGGUGUUUGCUUCACAGUUUACUGUCCAAAGUCAUUUCCUUCCACUGCUGCAGAGUAACUUCUGACCUAAACUUUAUUUUUAGCUUCUCUGCUGAUUCUGUUUCUGCAGUGAAUUCUGAAGCAAACACAACACCUCCGUAAUUUAAUUCUUCAUUUUAGAUUUUAGAUGAGUAAAUGGCUGUUUUAGUGACGUAAACUUACUUCGGUACCAUUUAAGGUUUUUCACUUCGUUUAUUUACAUACUACAAACAUGGAGGCUGUUCUAAAACUUCGGACCAGUAGAGUAUGUAACCCCGCUCUCUCGGGUCACCAACUCCGGGGGCCCUUAGCGCGUUAUGACUUCAGAUAGCACUUAGGAAAAAGGGCGACCUCUGAUAACGAGCUAGGUAUCCCAGGUCGCUCCGCUUUAAUGUUGAGAAGCUGCAGACUCUAUUCAUUCAACUUACACUGUACAUUUCCAGCUAAACUGGAAAGGCUUUGUGAAAAUACGUUUUUCUCUCCCUCGCCUGCCAUUCACCGGUCUUGUGCAGAGUUUUGCCUGCACAUUGCGGUUCCUCGCGGGUCUAUUUCAAGUAGCCGUCUAUUUAAAAACAUUAAAAUAUUCUUUGUGUGGUUCAUCAACGGUGAUAAAUUAUCCGAAAGUGUCUUUACUCUUAUAUCCGUCACUGCACAUAUACAUGCGACGGCCCAGGGAUAGGGUCACAAUUUAGGAUUUAUUCAUGCACUUUUAAAAACAUUUAUGGAAAGUUUUUUACUUUUUACAUAUUUAUUUACAGCAUUAAACGUUGAAAUGUAUAUUGUAACA